GAUAAACAUUCAACAGCUGGUGUGCAGUGCAGUGAAGUGCACUGUCAGUGAUUGGGAUUUUCGAGUCCGUGAUAAGACACAGAAAACAGCCACUUAUUCUGAUAGGUACUUUCACAAGAAGCUGUUAAUCUAUAACAUUCCUUCCCACAAACAGCAGAAAAGUGAAAAAUGGCCGUCGUCAAUCAGACGAACCAGUUUUACGAGGGCUGCGGUCGCGAGGGACCUAUUCGGUGCAUUCUGCUCAGUGAAUUCCAUGCGGUGGCUGGCUCGAAAAUCAGCUGUCAAGUUCCCGAUAAUUACAUUUCGAAGGAGGUGUUCGACUCGAUACGGUUCUUUAUCAUUCCCAAACCGCAACUGCAGCGAUGUACGCUGACUGUGAAUGCCCUAGGUCAUAAAGUGAUCGGUUACCCCGUUCGGAUCGACCAUCAACGCUAUCCAAGAAAUGCUUUCUACUUCAACCUGUGUUUCGUUUGCGACAGCUGGGCUCGAUCGGUUCAGUACGAACCCGUAGUCAAGAAACUGUCCGAAUAUCUCCUGAUGAUGGAAGAAGAAACCGCCUUUCUAUCCAAUCCAGAAAACAAUGCCCGUAUUCAAAACCUACUAAUGAGCAUCCUGCGCGAUCUCAAUGAAAAGCAAGUGGCUACGAUCGUUGAAGGAGAGACCACAAUCUACUUGAAAAUUUCCAAACUGAAACCGGAUCCACCUCCGGUCCAAGACCAUCAGGUUCCAUUUCUAUGCAAAGGGUUCGAGAACAUUUCGCUGGAGUCGUGGGACUUGACCACCCAACAGGUGGUCCCCUUCAUCAACGGAAUCAGCCACGUGGCACGGAUCGCCGCCGAGGCGGAUGUCGAAAACCAACUCGUCAAAUCGUGCAUCCAAAAUCUAGUCUACUACGGAGUUGUGCAAUUACUUCCACUGCUCAAGUACAGCAACGUCUACAUGUGCACCAGAAAUCUCCAAAACCUUAGCAAAGAUCACCAAUUUGCGGAGGAUUGUCGGCGUUGCGUGCAGUUGCUCCACUCGGAAAGCGAACCCAAGCGGCUACCAUCGCUGCACAAGAUUCUCCAACUGUACUCGCAGAUGACUCACGGAGUAACGCUGAGAGCUCUUUGUCAACGGCUUUGUCCCCGCGAUAACGGAAUCGAUGAACGGAAGCUGGUCACGUUUGGAUUGCAGCAUAGUUUGAUUCGGUGUAUCAACAAGUAUCCGAUAUUUACGGGAUCAUAUCCCAGUCCCAGGCAUAAAUUGUAUACGGGGUUGAACAGUUUGGAUGAGAUCUGUUGCAAGACGGGAUUGUCGCCGAGUCGGAUCGAGGAGGACAUUGAUGUCGAUUCGAAUGUGACGGUUAUUUGGAAGUGAUGCAAUGUCGUUCGUUCUUUAUUGCGUUGAAUUGUUGAUGUUUUAUUUUGAUAAUAUAUAUAAAAAAUGUUUAAAGA